AUGAUAAUCAGAGAGUUCGUUGGUACGACUGCAGAACCUGUUGGUGAUGCAGAACAAUUGAAGCAACAAGAGAAUUUCACAGUUUUGACUCCAGAACUUCCUUAUUCAAAUGGCUGUAAUGGAAAUCUUGACAAUUGUGACAAAAAUUCACUUGGGAGUUGGAAAGAUUGUGCUGAGUUAAAUGAUACUACAGAUACAAACUCAUUGGGAAGUUGGAAAGAUGAGGCAGAUGUGGAAGAGCCUUUUGAUGAGGCAUUUGCGCCGAGGAACAAAUCAGAUAGUUAUGUAGGUGGUGAAGAUCGCUCACUUGACAGUUGGAAAGAUUGUGCUGACUUAAAUGAUACUGCAGAUACAAACUCAUUGGGUAGUUGGGAAGACGGGGCAAAUCGGCAGGAGCCUUUUGAUGAGGCAUUGGCGCGCAGGAACAAAUCAGAUAGUUAUGUUGGUGGUGACGAUCACUCAUCAAGACCUGUUAAAGAGGCAUCGAGAAGUAAAACAUUCAGCUCAUCCAGACCUGCAGCAAGCCCGAGCAUGAAAAUGUCAUGGGCAGAUAUGGAUCAGGAGGAUGACCUUGAUGCUGAGGAGAUUAGUCAGUCGAGUAGCCAGUUAAGUAAUUGGAAUGGUGUGAAGAAAGAGGAAACUUCUAUACAGGAGACUAAGCCAAUAAUGGACUUGUCAAGGGAGCAUAGAGAGCACAUCCGGUUUUGUAAUGUGAAGAGGAAAAAGGAUUUCAUUUGUUUGGAGAGGGUUAAUGGGAAAAUUGUGAAUGCACUUGACGGCUUGGAGCUACAUACUGGUGUCUUCAGCACGGCUGAGCAAAAUAGGAUAGUUAAAUUUGUCGAGAAACUUGAGGAGAUGGGGAAGUGUGGACAAUUAAAAGAGCGAACUUAUACAGCACCAAAGAAAUGGAUGAAGGGCAAGGGACGUGUGACAAUCCAAUUUGGUUGUUGUUACAACUAUGCAACAGAUAGGAAAGGCAACCCCCCAGGGAUUGUCAAGAGUGAAACUGUUGAUCCAUUGCCUGAUCUUCUUAAGAACAUGAUUAGAAGGCUUGUAAAAUGGCAUGUGUUGCCUCCAGAUUGUGUUCCAGACAGCUGUAUUGUAAAUAUAUAUGAAGAGGGGGAUUGCAUACCACCUCAUAUCGACAGUCAUGAUUUUGUUCGUCCAUUUUGUACUGUUUCUUUCCUCAGCGAGUGUAAUAUAUUGUUUGGAUCAAACUUGAAAACUGUAGGUCCUGGUGAAUUUGCCGGUGCAUUUGCAAUUCCCUUGCCAAUGGGGUCUGUACUUGUCUUGAAUGGGAAUGGAGCAGAUGUCGCUAAACACUGUGUGCUAGCUGUUCCUACUAAAAGAAUAUCAAUUACAUUUAGGAGAAUGGAUAAAUCUAGAAGACCAAUUGGAUAUGUUCCUGAGGAGGAUUUACUAGAUCUCCGGCCACUAUCCUAUGAAGCAGAUAGAUAUCAUAAAUCAAGAUCCUCUGAACCAUGGCAUUCUACGAGAAAACAGUUGGGAAGACGAGAAGAGAAUAAGGAAACAGUAAAGAUAUCACUUGAGAGGAAUCGAAUGCCAUGGUACAUGGAUCGAAAUCGACAAGGACCUGUAGAUAGGUGAAGAGUCAGGGUUUAUAUAGAUAAUAAUUAAACGCAUGCCAUGACUAUGCGGGUUGGUCCAUCAUCCUCUGCAAUUAUGGCAGCUGUUGGUAUUGGUGUCUUCUCAUAUUUUCUCCUCGAGUUUUUGCUGCCUAUUUUCCACUUCAUUGUACGGAUGUCUUCUAAAAAGAAGCUUAUUCCUAUGUUAAAAAAAAAAAAAAAGAAGAAGAAGAAGCUUAAUCCGCUUGGAGUUGAAUUCCUACACAAGAACAACUACAAACCAUGUGUUAAAUUUGAAUGGGGUGUCAGAUUAAGUUGUGGGUUGCAAAGAAUGGUUUUUUUAAUCUAGAGAUGGAUGAAUCGGAUUUAGGCUCGAUGUGUGAUCUUCGAGUUUCCGUGUUAAUUUGCUGCUUGGAGAUUCGUCUUAUUCAUACUUCAACAAUGCAACUUUGGUAAUAAAAGGUCAAUCUAGAUAACUUGAUUGUGUAUUGGUGAAGCAGUUCAAUUCAUAUGAUGUAAUUCUACUAGCAGGAAUGACAGUUAUACGCAUACAAUGGAGACGGAUUGGCUCUUAAUGAAAUGAACAAAUGAUGAUUUUGGGCUA